AUGUCUAAGAUAGGCCGGCUGUCGGAGUUUGACACAGCGCAUCCAGAAUGCUGGAGUUCGUACGUGGCCUGGGUAGAGAACUACUUUCGGGUAAAUCAAAUCCGGGAAAACAGCCUCAAAGCUGCUAGUUUGCUGUGUGUCUGUGGGCAAGAGACGUUCGAUAUCACUGAGAAUCUGGUUGCCCCAGCACCACUGGAAUCAAUCGCCUACACUGAAUUGAAGAGGAUGCUUCGAGAGCACUUCGAACCCAAGCUCUCAGCAGCUAGGCCCUGUGAGUUCAAGGACUUGGAAGACAGGCUCAGAGAUCGUUUAGUCUGUGGCCUGCGAAGUCGUGAGUUGCAGCAGAAGCUCUUCACUAAGGAAGACCUCUUGUUCCAAGAUGCCUUGAGGGAAAUUGCAGCUGAAGAAGCAGCCGGCGGAGCUGUAAAGGCCUUGCGGCUAGCCAAGCACCCUCAAGUUCCAGUCACCAUCCAACAAGGACGGUCACGGAGGAAGACUAUGAACAGGAUCCAGAAUCAGAAGUGGACCGGCUGCAUCAGACUUCGGAGAGAAGGCCUCAAGGAGGAAAGGCCCAGUUGGACCCAGGGGCCUGGAGCUAUCAUUGGAGAACAUUCUCAAAUUGGGGAGCAAAAGACUCGGGAAACCACACCUGAAAAUAAAAGGACACAGAUCAGCCAAGAUUUUUCAGGAAGGAGUUUGACUAUUGACACUCUGACAGACAAUGAAACCCAGAUUGUGGAAGACAAUCACAGCUACUAUUUAUCCCGCAUUUAUGGUCCCCAAGAGAUGCGAGCCAAGGAACUUUGGGUCGAGGUGGCUGAAGCCAACAGGAGCCAAGUCAAAAUCCAUGGAAUCCUGUCCAAUACACACAGACAGGCUUCGAGAGUCAUCCUAUCCUUUGAUUUCCCUUUCUAUGGCCAUUACUUGCGACAGGUCACCAUAGCAACAGGAGGUUUCAUUUUCAUGGGUGAUGUCAUUCAUCGAAUGCUGACAGCUACACAGUAUAUUGCCCCUCUGAUGGCAAACUUCAAUCCUGGAUAUUCACGCAACUCCACUGUCAAAUACUUUGACAAUGGAACCAUGUUUGUUGUCCAGUGGGAUCAAGUUUAUCUAGAAGGGAAAGAGGACAAAGGCUGUUUCAUCUUCCAGGCAGCUUUGUACAACAGUGGCAGAAUUGUCUUUGGUUAUAAGGAGAUUCCCAUGCCAGUGCUUGAAAUUAGUUCUACACAACAUCCUGUCAAAGCUGGUCUUUCAGAUGCUUUUAUGAUCCUUAACUCUUCCCCUGAAUCUCAGCAUCGGACCAUAUAUGAAUACCAUAGAGUGGAACUGGAUACCAGCAAGAUCACUAGUGCAUCAGCUGUGGAAUUUUUGCCCUUACCCACGUGUCUCCAGCUUCACAACUGUGAGGCCUGUAUGACAUCUGGCCUAAAUUUCAAUUGUAGUUGGUGCCAUGUUCUGCAGAGGUGCUCCAAUGGGUUUGAUCGAUACCAUGAAGAGUGGCUGGAAUAUGGUUGCGGCCAAGAAUCAGAGGAGAAGACUUGUGCAGAUUUUGAAGAGGAUGAACACUAUAUGUCUUCAAUUCCCAAUCAUAGCGCCUUUACACCACUUCCAGAAGACACCGUCACAUCAUCCUCCCAAUUUAUAGAUAGCUUGACUACAGAAGAUGACACAAAGUUGAACCAGAACCCAGGAGAAGAAGGUUUGAGAGAUCAUGUUCCUACAAAAAAGGGGGGAACCCAAAUCCAUACAGGAACAAUUGUUGGAAUCCUCCUUGCAGUUCUUCUGAUUGCUGCUAUUAUUCUUGCUGGCAUCUACAUCACCAGUAAUCCUACUUCAAGUGCUGCUUUGUUCUUCAUUGAGCGAAGACCACAUCAGUGGCCUACCAUGAAGUUCAGAAACCGCUCACCUUACACUGAAGUAGAACCAUCUGGUCAGGAAAAGGACAGUUUUGUUGAAGCAGAUCAGUGCUAAAGAGUAUACCUCCUUUAUUGCUCCUAUACCUUUAAAACAUCAAGUAUCUCCCAUCUACUGUUUUAUUUUGUGAUGGACACAGUUGAAGAGGGGAGGGAAAAACAAACAAAAUUAACAAGAAGCCCCAAGAGAGGAUUGGAAUGGGAUGAGCGGCAAAUUAAUUUCAUAAUAAAUAAAUAAAUAAAUAAAUAAAAUCAAAAUAAAUCAAGCCUAAAAAGAUUAAAAAGAGAGGCACGCGUAGCAUAGGGUUGCUGGAUAAAUCAUCAAGAAAAAUUAUGACUUCAUUGCAGAAGUAAUAGUACCUGACUAUCUUGCAUGAAUAUUGUCAGUUAUAGCCAUCCAUAGAUAUUAUGGACUAUAAGAAACAUCCUCUGCCCAACCCAGCUUUUGUAGGCAUUCUAACCAUAAAUGUACAGUGCCAAAAUACAGAUUAGGAAAGAGGGAACUAUAACCUUCUAGCUAAGAUUGAAGAUUUCCUGCUAAAUUUUCCUUGAAAGAUAGGAAGGGUUUUUUAAUUAGAGAAUCUUGGAACAGCUGGUCUGACUUGACUCUCAACACCUCAACCAUGUCACCAAAGUUAUUGAUUGAAGCAUCUCAGUUUGGGCUGGGCCUAAAAUGCAGCCUUCAUAUUUAUAUGCAGUGGUGGCAUACA